ACCAGAGCGCCAUUUGCUACGACGAGCAAGGGCUGUCGCUGAGUUUCUCGCUGUUAUCACCAUUCUCUAUACGGACUGAGGAUGUAACUGUCUGGUGCUUCAUUCCAACGGCUAUUUAGGAGUUUCUUUGAAGAACGGAAACUGGCCAUGAUCUGGAACUGAAUUAAAAGAAGGGCUUGUUUCAUGGAAUACUUCAAAAGUUGCUAAGGUGCUCUUUCUCUCCUCAUUAUUUAAUUUACAAUUUUUCCAUUAGUCUUUUUGCUACUUGAUUUUAGUCAUUGCUAUGUCUACCCUAGGUAGGAGUAGGUGUAAAAAAAGCAUGAGCUGCUUAGGGCAGGGGCUAACCUGCAGAGGUGGGUUUUAAGAUGGAAUGGAAUUUCAUAUAAACCCGAAAUUGUCAGGCAUGGACGAUCAACUUCCUCUCUAUUUUUGGACCAAGCAAGCACAGCAGUUCCAGGCACAGCAGUUGCAAGCCCAGCAGAUACAGGCACAGCAACUGCAAGUGGAACAAGUGCAGCAAGUCCAACAGGUCCAACAAGUACAACAAGUGCAGCAGUUACAGCAAGUUCACACAGAGCCAACAGAUGGUAAAUAUACUUGUCUAGAAUGUGGAAAGACAUUCUCCAAGCGGAGCAGCUUUGAGUAUCACAAGAAGACCCACACAGGUGAAAAGCCUUUCAGCUGUGGCAUUUGUGGGAAAGCUUUUGCAAACAAUCGCAACCUUGUGGUUCAUACAAGGAUUCAUACGGGAGAAAGACCAUAUGAGUGCUCAGAAUGUGGGAAAACAUUUACACAAAGAAGUAUGUUAACUGUCCAUCUGAGAAUUCACACUGGAGAAAGACCAUAUCUUUGCAAUGAGUGUGGGAAAUCUUUCUACCAAAGUGAUCACUUAACAAAGCAUAGCAGAAUCCACACGGGGGAAAAACCAUACUCUUGUGAAGAGUGUGGAAAGGCUUUUUCAGAUAGUAGUGCUUUAAGACAACAUAUAAAGAGGCAUCAAGAAGUAGGACCUUUUAGAUGUGAAUACUGUGAAGAGCUUUUUGAUAAAAAAGUUUCAUAUGAUGUACAUAUGAUGGAGCACAAAGGGAUUAAGCCAGAAGAGUGUGAUGUUUGUGGAAAGCAGUUCCCUACCAAAGGUCUUCUUACAAAUCAUCGAAGAACUCAUUUCAAAGAAAAAGCCUUUAGAUGUGAACUUUGUGACGAAGAAUUUAUGAGAUUAGUGACUUUAAAGAAACAUGUGAAAUAUGCACAUGGUCAUGGUACGUCUGGACGUGUUCCACCAAUCUAUGAUGACAGACCAACAAGAAAGCCAUAUGGAGAAUCAAAACCUUUUAAGUGUGAUGAAUGUGACAUGACAUUUACAACAAAUGGUAAAUUCUUGGCCCACCAGCACACUCAUCGGCCAAACAAACAGUUCAAGUGUGAUGACUGUGGUAUGUGUUUUGCAAAAAGUUAUACUUUAGAGGUUCACAGACAGAUGCAUGCCAGUGCUCCCCAAGUCAUUCAGAAUGGACCAAUCCCAAUCAAUGCAAUGACUUCCAUUGGAUCUAUAACUCCAGUAUUGAGUGUGCCAGCUUCAGUGACAGUGCCACAGACAUCAAAUAAAGUUACAGCAUAUGUCAAAGUUCCACAGCGCCCAGUUGCUGUGAAGCGGGAGCCUCGCUAUGACGAUCCUCUUGCCAUGGCUACUGCUGCUGCCCAGGUGACACCAGAUCUUGUAGAAAGUCUCACUGUGCCUGAACAGCAUCAAUCAUACAAUUAUAUUUAUUCAGCCCAGGGUAAAACUAUGUAUACAAACAAGUUCCGUUCAUUCUUAACCCUUAUACACCCCAAUCCCUGGCUUGUUGUCGUGGUGGUGGGGUUUGGGAGACGGAGACUGAGGACCAAUGGAAGGGCCCCAUACUCUGACAAUACCCUUCUCUUCCAACAAUGUCUCGAAAAACAAGUUGGCAAACUUUCUUUCGCAGUUAUUCCAAUCAUUCACACCUUGUCACAGUUACAUCUGAGUCCCAAGCUUGUGCACUAUUUACUCUCACUGACCUUACAGUCCAGUGCUACACUAUUCCUCCUAGAGGCCAAUUCUGAUGCCCUCUAUGUGGCCAACCUGGAAUUCCUGAAGACAUGCAAAACUUCCCUAAACAUGACCCAUGAGAAUGCUCUGCUCCCUCACCCACCUUCUAUUCCUAUUUGCUUUACAUUCAAACUAACCUUAGAGAUAAAAAACAGCAAAAUGUCACUGCCACAACAAGUCAGUGUCCCGUCAAUGUCUGUGGCUGUGACAGUUUCUGUGGCUGUCCCAGGUGUCCAUGUUUCAGUUCCAGCCAUCAACAUAGAGGAAAAGGAUGAUCACAUGAAUGUUUACCUCUGGAAUAAGUCACAGCAGACACAAGAUACCAAAACCCAAGGAAGUGACGGCAAAUAUGAAUGUAGUGUAUGUGGGAAGGCCUAUUCCCAGAGGAGCAGCUUUGAGUACCACAAGAAAACCCACAGUGGUGAAAAACCAUAUCACUGCAGCACUUGUGGGAAAUCGUUCCUCAACAAGAGCAGUUUAGUUGUCCACAAUCGCAUUCACACUGGAGAGAGACCAUUUAGGUGUGAUGACUGUGGCCGUGGAUUUACUCAACGCAGUAUGCUGACAGUCCAUCGAAGAAUUCACACAGGUGAGAGACCUUAUUCAUGUUCAGAGUGUGGGAAAGCUUUUUACCAGAGUGAUCACCUUACAAAACAUAAAAGAAUACAUACAGGAGAGAAACCUUAUCUUUGUGGAGAAUGUGGAAUGGCUUUCUCAGAUAGCAGUGGAUUAAGACAGCAUGUGAAACGGCAUACAGAGAUGGGUCCUUGGAGGUGUGAGAAGUGUGAUAUAGUGUAUGAAAAACGUACACCUUAUGACCUUCAUAUGAUGCAGCACCGUGGAGAGAAGCCUCUUGAAUGUGAUGUUUGUGGUAAACUUUUUCAGUAUCGAUCUACUCUUGAUCUCCAUAGAAAAACACAUUUUAAGGAAAAGGUUUUUAAAUGUGAUGUUUGUGGUGAAGAAUUUACUGGUAAAGUUUUACUGAGAAAGCAUCUAAAACAUGUACAUACAGAACGAUACUAUGCCAGACGCCUUGUUGGCUGGAAUGGGGAUAACAAGUCAUCCAAACAACAGGGUGACACCAAACCUCUUAGAUGCGACCAGUGUGGUUUACUCUUUAAGGACAGUGGUAAAUUCUUGCUUCAUCAAAAAGUUCAUUGUCUUGAAAAAAGUUUCAAGUGUGAUGUUUGUGGUUUGGCAUUUGCUAAGAGUUACACACUGGAAGUUCAUAAGCAGAUGCAUCCACAUAUAUCUCCUCUUGUCAAUGCUACCAUGUUAACAGAAGUGCCAUGUCAAGAACUACAAGAAGCACCUGCAUCUGAGAUGACACUGACUCCUCUGUACCCUGCAGCCCCAGAACCUUCCAUUGUGACCCAAGAGAUCACACACAUCCCAACAGGUCAAGUAGUUAUUCCUAGCACCAGCAAGUUCCAGUCCUUCGUGAAAGUGCCCAUAAAAUCCCCAGCCAGCAAGGGCAAGCGAACUAAACCAUGGUAGUCUUUAAUUCACUUGUGAUAUCAGCGAAUGACCAAGGUUGGUAUCCUUGUUUGACUUUGGCCCAGCCUAUUUUUUUCCUUUCUUUCAUGAGUUAUGUGAAUCCUUUCAGAUUUCCUAUUCCUUUAGUAACUUUUGCCCAGUGAUUUAACUAUAAUUGCAAAUAUUUGAUUAAUCUGUGAUAAUUCAUAUUUGUUACAUUUUUAUUGUAUAAAUUAGAGAGAGCCUCAUAAAAAUGAAUUACUGUUUUUGUUGAUUAUAAUUUUUAUUUCUAAUUGUUAUUUAAUUAAAACAGUAUAAGAUGUAUAUAUGACAUUAUACCCUGCAGUUUAGUAUCUUCUAAUUGAUAUGCAAUGAUUAUAUAUAUUAUACUGACUAUGAAAAUGUGCAAUGAAUUUGUCAAUGAAAGGCCCUUUUGAUAUAACUCUGAUGUUGUUCCUUUUUCCUUUCUCUUCUUCUUAUGAAACAUAAGCAGGUUGGAAUAGGUAUGAAAAUUAUAAAUAAACAUCUGUGUAUGUAACAUAAGAUCAUUGCAGAUAUCAUGAAAUUCACAUUUCAUAAUAGACCAUUUGCAUUUAAUAAAAGCUGUACAUUAUAUGAACUACAUCAAUUAAGUUCAUUGUAUAUAGAAAAUUCCUGAUAUUUUCCAUAGAGAUGAAAGAUUUAUUAAAUCUGUUUUAUAUGCAUUUUACUUUGCCUUUACAAAUUAAGAUAUUCUUUGAUAUAGUAGAAUGUUAUAUUUGUUUCUAAUGUAUGUGUGCCUAUGCUCAUAUGGUCUCAAGCAAGAGUCCAAUACAUGUGAGUGAGUGCCGGCAUGCCAAUUUAAUUGUGUGUGAAAAGGUGACUUCUUUAUAUCUCUAGAACUUUAAUGGUGCUAUGCAUCUACAGUACAUGAAAGGAUCUUAUACAGUAUAUGUUCUUUAUGAAUAGAUUGAAAUAAAAGAUAUUUAUUAAGAA